ACGUCACUUUGCAUUGGCGCGAAUUACUCCGAGUGAGUCAGUUUCUGUGGGGAUACCGCACUCUAGCUCCUGCAUUUACUCUUUGCUAAAUUUAACAUUAUUAAAGCCGCUUUUAUCGAGGAUUUAGUCGCCAAAAUGAUCGGACAGAAGACUAUUAACUCGUUUUUCUCGCCCGUCUCCAAAAAGAGAAUUUCUGCGGAUUUGAAUGAAUCUGAGGAGGAUAAGAAAGACCUGAAGAAGCGGAAGUCCUCAGAGGUGGAUCCAGAGCCGUCCAGCCCGGGCCCUGCUGCUCUGUCCGCGGAUCAGCUCGAAAGGAUCGCCCGCAACAAGAAGGCGGCGCUGGAGAAACUCGCCUCAGCUCAAACCCCUCCAGGGUUCGGGGAGAGCUGGAGGAAGAGUCUGUCUGCCGAGUUUGGGAAACCUUACUUUAAACAGUUGAUGAAUUUUGUUUCUGAAGAGAGGAAACGUCACACCGUGUACCCCCCUACUGAAGAUGUUUUCACCUGGACUCAGACGUGUAACAUCAGAGAUGUCAAAGUAGUGAUUCUUGGUCAGGAUCCCUAUCACGGCCCAAACCAAGCCCAUGGAUUGUGCUUCAGUGUCAAACGACCAGUGCCUCCUCCGCCCAGUUUGGAGAACAUGUACAAAGAGCUGGUGUCAGACAUCGAAGGGUUUCAGCACCCAGGACAUGGAGAUCUGACUGGAUGGGCCAAACAAGGUGUUCUGCUGCUGAACGCAGUGCUGACCGUCCGAGCUCACCAGGCAAACUCCCACAAAGACAAAGGCUGGGAGACGUUCACAGACGCCGUGGUGCAGUGGCUCAGCAACAACCUUGAAGGCGUCGUCUUCAUGCUGUGGGGAUCGUACGCUCAGAAGAAAGGAGCUGCUAUCAACAGGAAACGCCACCACAUCCUGCAGGCUGUGCAUCCCUCUCCCUUGUCUGCUCAUCGAGGAUUUUUUGGGUGCAAGCACUUCUCAAAGGCAAACGAGCUGCUGAAGAAAUCUGGAAAGGCUCAAAUCGACUGGAAAGCACUUUAAGUUCUCAUUCAUUUCAGCUUUUUUGAACAACUACGUUUCACUGUGGCCCAAAUGUCUCUCAUAAGCUUUGUUUAGUUAGAUGUUUACAUCAGUAGUAUGUGCAGAGACUUAUGUUAGCACUGCCAUGUUUGUGCUAUUCACUGUUUCUUCAUCAACUUUAUCAACAUAUGUUUUGCUGAUACUUUUAUCAUCUCCAGUUUGAUCGUUGUAAAUAUGUUUGUUUUCUUUUCUUUACAUUUUUAUACCAAAAGUUUUAGUUCUAUUAAAGUACGUAGUUUGAAAGAA